AUGGGCGCGUCGCCGACGAAUGGGACGUCGCCGCGCGGACGCGACGCGAGGAAGACGACGCGGUGGUUGGAUGGGAAAGAGAACGACGCGCGCGGACGACCGUUUCGACGAGGGAUCGAUGAGGAGGACGAUUUCGAAGAGGAUUUGUUAGACGCGCGAGGCGAGGACGAGGACGAGGACGGCGUCUCCGCGAGCGCGCGAGCGGUGGGACGACACGGAAGCGCGAGAGGGAUCUUAUCGCCGUCGGGGAGUUUCGCGGAGAAACGACAGCGGUCGAAGGUGCGAUUCGAAAGCUCGCUGCCGAACGGGUUUCCUGAGCGCAAGCCGUCGAUGACAAAGUUAUCGAGCGGGGCGUUUGACGACUCGAGCGCGCGGGAAGAAGCGGUGACGCCAUUCGUCGGACUCGUCAUGGUGUUUCUUACCGUCGCCUUCGUCGCGUGGUUCAACGACGUGCUCGUUCGUAGUGUUUCUUCCGUCUCCGCGUGGGCGUGA